CGGUUUCCGCGUCCCACCCAUCCCUUCCACACUUUCUCACCCCCGCCCUUCUCACCCCCCGAAAAAAUUCCCCCGGAAAUCAGAGACGCGAAUCCCUCCCUCGCCCCACGUCCGAGGUCGCUCGCCAAUUCGAUCCGCCUCGUCGUCGCCCGCCCGCCCGUCCGCCGGUCGACCUUGACUGCUCCGUCGCACGUGGCGUUUCGCAGCGCGGAAUCUACCCUGGGUUGGGUUGGGAGAUCCGGGGAAACCCUUGUUCCCGGGCGCUCCGGGCUCGAAUCUCGCUGCAGACGGGCAAUGUGAGCGCUCUCCAUCGGAGAGGGACGAUCUGCGGGGCGGUUGUUGGCCGGGUGAAUCGUGCGGUGCGGGGUUGCGGGAAUGGAGCACGUGAUCGGAGGGAAGUUUAAGCUUGGGAAGAAGAUCGGGAGCGGAUCUUUCGGGGAGCUCUAUCUCGGUGUCAACGUACAGAGCGGCGAGGAGGUGGCUAUCAAGUUGGAAUCUGUAAAAUCAAGGCAUCCUCAGCUUCAUUAUGAGUCAAAACUAUACAUGCUUCUCCAAGGGGGAACUGGAAUUCCUCAUUUGAAAUGGUUUGGAGUGGAUGGGGAGUACAAUGUCAUGGUCAUUGAUCUUCUUGGUCCAAGCCUCGAAGACUUGUUCAACUACUGCAACAGAAAGUUUUCUCUUAAAACAGUACUUAUGCUAGCUGAUCAGAUGAUAUCUAGGGUAGAGUACAUGCACACGAGGGGGUUUCUUCAUCGUGAUAUCAAGCCAGACAACUUCCUCAUGGGCUUAGGCCGUAAAACAAGUCAGGUUUAUGUCAUUGACUAUGGCCUUGCGAAGAAGUAUCGGGACCUCCAAACUCAUAGACACAUUCCAUACAGGGAGAACAAAAACCUCACAGGAACAGCACGAUAUGCUAGUGUAAACACCCAUCUUGGAGUAGAACAAAGCAGGAGAGAUGACUUAGAGUCUCUUGGUUAUGUGCUGAUGUACUUCUUAAGAGGAAGCCUUCCUUGGCAAGGCCUGAAAGCUGGAACGAAAAAACAAAAGUAUGACAAAAUCAGUGAGAAGAAAAUGCUAACCUCAAUUGAGGCCCUGUGUAAAUCUUAUCCAUCAGAAUUUGUUACAUAUUUCCAUUAUUGCCGCUCUUUGCAAUUUGAAGAUAAGCCAGACUACAGCUAUUUGAAGAAAAAUUUUCGGGAUUUAUUCAUCCGUGAAGGUUGCCAGCCUGAUUAUGUAUUUGAUUGGACUGUAUCAAGGCAAGCUGCGGACAAUAACAGAUUGCGACUGAGUGGGAAGACAGGUGGGUUGGUGGGACCAUCUGUGGAUCGGGCUGAACGAGCUGCAGCAAAACAGGAUGUUCCACAUAGAUUCACUGGUCCAGCUGAUGCAUUGGCUAAAAGAACCGGCUCUGGUUCUGGUCAUUAUGGAGAACACACAAAGCACAGAACUCUGUUGGAUUCCCUUAUGGCAUCCAAUAUGGGUGUUGACUCGGAUAAAAGAAGGCAUUCAUCGUCUCGCAAUGGAAGCACAUCAAGGAAGGCUCUUCUGUCAAGCAACCGAGGUUCUGGAGACCCCAGUGAACCAAAUCGCAGCAGCCACCUAGUUCCGACCACCACCAGCAGCAGCCGUCCAUCGACCAAUCAAAGGCUUCACCACUCAACUGGACUUGAGGGCAGGACCCCAUCAUUUCCAAAACCUGGAAGAAUCGGCUAUGAUGAUCCCACAAUGAGGAGUUUUGAACGCCUUACUAUUAGCGCAGAGAGGAGGAAAUGAAUCUUUGGAAGAGCAAACGAUCUGAGCUGCUCCCGGCGAGUAUACUUCACUGAAUGGAUUCUGUGCUGUGCAUGGUGCUGAGCUCUGCACAUAGCGGUGCUCGUUGAUUCUUGGCACAGAUGAUUUGAGUUAUGUACAUUCGUUUAACUCUUCCAAAAGGUUAGCGAAGCAUUUUACACCCCGCUAUGAGGGACCGGGGAUCGGCUGCAAUGUUUAAGCCGUGGUGAUUUAAGAUGAUGUUGACUCUAAUACUUAUAUAAUGACAAUGAAAAAAAGUUCCCU